UGCACCUCUUGUUGCUUGUUAACUUUGUUAUCAAAAUGGCUUCUAGAAUUCUUACUGGUUCUUCCAUACUAGCUGCAUCUCGUUCAGCAUUGAGCGCUUCAAAGACUAUCCCAGCAGCUUCUAUUCGCCUGCUUUCCACUUAUGACAAGCAUAAGGAUACCUUGGAGGCCCUUGGCAUCCACAAGCAGAACAAGGGCGUCUUCGAUGGAGAGUGGAAGGGUUCUGGUUCUGUAAUGCACUCUGUUAAUCCCGUUAACAACGAAGUGAUUGCUGAAGUCACCACGGGUUCGGUUCAAGAUAUGGAUACAGCUCUUGCUAGAGUAGUGGAAGCACAGAAGUUAUGGAGAGAGUACACUAUCCCGCAACGCGGUCAAGUCUUGCUGGCGAUGCGAAACGCUUUGGCUGCCAAUCUCCAUCCACUUGGAAAACUCGUAGCCCUCGAGAUGGGUAAAAUCUUGCCUGAAGGUGUCGGUGAAGUCCAGGAGUACGUUGAUGUUCUGGACUACGCUCUUGGCCUUUCACGUAGCAUGAGUGGAUCCUUCAUUCCUAGUGAGCGCCCUGGCCAUGCUAUGAUUGAGACCUGGAACCCACUUGGUGUGACCGGUGUUAUCAGUGCCUUCAACUUCCCAGUGGCUGUCUAUGGAUGGAACUCAGCUAUCGCGCUGGUCACUGGUAACGGUGUUCUCUGGAAACCAAGUCCGACUACUCCACUUUGUUCCAUUGCCAUUACCAAACUGCUGGAAAAGGUGCUACGCGAACAAAAUCUUCCAACCUCCUUGUGUUCCUUGGUCACUGGCGGUAGUGACGUUGGUAACAAGCUUGUUACUGACAAGCGAGCUAACCUUAUCUCAUUCACUGGAUCCACUGCGGUCGGAAGAAAGGUUGGCGUUGCCGUUCAGGAACGCUUUGGAAAGCAUAUCUUAGAACUUGGAGGAAAUAACGCUAUCAUUGUGACUGAAGAUGCUGAUAUUGAGCUCGCCAGCAGAGCUAUCUUGUUUGCCGCUGUCGGUACAGCCGGUCAAAGAUGUACCACUACCCGACGUUUGAUGGUCCACGAAUCCGUCUACGAUACUCUUGUAGGAAAGCUGCAGGAAGCUUACAAGCAGGUGAAGGUCGGUGAUCCUUUGGAUCAAGGCGUCCUUUGCGGACCUCUUCAUACCAAAUCUGCAGUAGAGGCCUAUGAAAAGGCAUUGAAGGAUAUCAAGGCUCAAGGCGGAGAAAUCUUAUGUGGAGGAGAAGUUAUAAAGACAGGAGACCUUGCUAAAGGUAACUUCGUCAUGCCUACUCUUACCAAGGUUUCUCCAGAUAUGGACGUCAUCAAAAACGAAGUUUUCGUCCCCAUUUUACAUACCAUGAAAUUCAAGACUUUCGACGAAGCUAUUCAUAUGAAUAACAAUGUAGCUCAAGGUCUCUCCAGCUCGGUAUUUACAUCUGAUCCUGCCAAAAUCUUCAAGUGGAUUGGUCCUGCAGGCUCAGACUGUGGCAUUAUCAAUGUUAACAUCCCGACCAACGGAGCCGAAAUUGGAGGUGCCUUUGGCGGUGAAAAAGAGACUGGCGGAGGUCGCGAAAGUGGUAGCGACAGUUGGAAGCAAUACUGCCGUCGCGGUACCUGUACCAUCAACUAUUCUGGCCAAUUGCCACUGGCACAGGGCAUCAACUUUGGCUAAAUUGUAGAUAAUAGUAUUACUGUUUUAAAUAAGCCAGCGCAGCGAAUAGCGUUUGGUCAUACACUUGUUUGAUUUUUUCUUAAAAAACAAAAUAUACGGUGGUCUUUGUCACACCGUCGGCUGUUUGU